AUUGCGGGCAAUGCUUUCCAAAUGACAUCACUUAUUGUUAAAGACUUUAAAACAAUAAACAAAACAUCAAUUGAUUUGCCGUUUGCUUAACGUUUUGAGUGAAGAGUCGACUGUCAACUUCAACCAUCACUUUCAUCUACAACAACACACCUAUUGGUUGACUUGAAAGASAAUAUCCAUUGACACAAACACAGACACAAUGUCGAGCACUUCGCAAAAACAUCACAACUUUGUGUCGGAACCGAUGGGCGAAAAGCCGGUCACAGAUUUGGCCGGAAUUGGCGAUGUCUUAGGCAAGAGACUGGAGGCCAAAGGUUUCGAUAAGGCUUAUGUUGUUUUGGGACAGUUUUUGGUACUCAAGAAGAAUCAGGAACUGUUCAUCGAAUGGCUGAAAGACUUGAGCGGCGCUAAUGCUAAACAAGCAAAAGAUUGUCAACAAUGUCUGGCUGAAUGGUGCGACCAGUUCUUGUAGGGGAGAGAUAUUGUUGUCAAAUGUGUUAUCACCACUGUUUGCAGUUUAUUCUUCAUCAUCUAUUUUUGGCAUCAAUUUUCUGAUCUUAAGUUUGAGAAAAGUUUAAGAAACCAAUUCAUAACUAAUAUUAUAAUCAAACAGUUUUUAAAUUUUUGUUUAUUUUAUAUAUUUUUAAUCCGAUUUUUUUCUG